AUCGAUUGUGCUACAGAGCUACAGAAAAAACCUUAAUUAAGUAGGGAAAAAAGUCGAGAGUGAAGAACUUGACUCGCCAACCAACAAAAAAAAUACCACAAAAAAACUGAAUUUUAACUGGAAAAAAUCCGAAUAUUUUAGUAAAUUUGAUAGUUAAAGUGUGCGGCACUGUGAUGGCCGUUAACAGGUUAAUUUGUGAGUGUUGUUCUUCGGAGAUGUGCCAGUAAAGGUGUAACUGUCAUCGUCUAGUUGUUGAUAAAUUUUAGGAUAAUUAAUGACACGAGUCAUCAUUAUUGUGUAGAGUUGAAAAAAAAUAAAAAAAAAAUUAAUUAAAUAAUUAAAAGUGAAAAAAAGUGAAAAAUUAAUCAAAAAACGAGGAAAGGAGUAGAAAAAAAAAUUAAAUAAUAAAAAAAAAUUUAAAAUAAAAAAGAAAGAAUAAACAAGAAAAAAAAAUGUCGACGAGUAAUAAUCAUCAAUCAGCGGCUCCGCCACAGCCACCGACGACACAGCCAACACAGAAAUCGUCUACAACCGAUCGUGUAAUAGAUAGUGUUUUAUUUCCACCAAAAAAGAAAUUAACCAUAAAUGAGGUGUUUGAUUUGCGUACCGGCAAACCACAACCCGACGUACUUAAGCAACAUUUUAUAGUUGAAGGUAGGAUAGAAGAAUCAGCAGCAUUAAAAAUUAUACAAGAGGGCGCUACAUUACUUAAAUCAGAAAAUACUAUGAUUGAUAUUGAGGCGCCUGUAACAGUAUGUGGUGAUAUUCACGGACAAUUUUAUGAUCUAAUGAAAUUGUUUGAAGUUGGUGGUCCACCUUCAUCGACAAAAUAUCUGUUUUUAGGCGAUUAUGUUGAUAGAGGUUAUUUUAGUAUAGAAUGUGUUCUUUAUUUAUGGGCUCUAAAAUUGUGUUAUCCUACUACAUUAUUUUUACUUCGUGGCAAUCAUGAAUGUCGACAUUUAACAGAAUAUUUUACUUUUAAACAAGAGUGUAAAAUUAAAUAUUCGGAACGGGUAUAUGAUGCAUGUAUGGAAGCGUUUGACUGUCUACCACUAGCGGCGCUAAUGAAUCAACAAUUUUUAUGUGUUCACGGUGGAUUAUCGCCCGAAAUCCAAGAUCUAGAUGAUAUUAGAAAGUUGGAUCGUUUUAAGGAACCACCAGCGUUUGGACCAAUGUGUGACUUGCUUUGGUCCGAUCCUCUUGAAGACUUUGGCAAUGAGAAAAACGCUGAUUUUUAUUCGCAUAACACUGUGAGAGGUUGCUCGUAUUUUUACAGUUACAAAGCCGUUUGUGAUUUCUUGCAAAAUAAUAACUUACUUUCGAUAAUUAGAGCUCACGAAGCACAGGAUGCAGGUUAUCGCAUGUAUAGGAAAAGUCUAACCACUGGCUUUCCAUCAUUGAUCACAAUCUUCUCAGCCCCAAAUUAUCUAGAUGUCUACAAUAAUAAGGCUGCUGUUUUAAAAUAUGAAAACAACGUAAUGAAUAUUAGACAAUUUAAUUGCUCACCACAUCCUUAUUGGCUUCCAAACUUUAUGGAUGUAUUUACAUGGUCAUUGCCGUUUGUUGGUGAAAAGGUCACUGAAAUGCUUGUUAAUGUGUUGAAUAUAUGUUCAGACGAUGAACUUAUGAGUGAAUCUGAUGAUACAUUGGAAGAAGUAAUUAAGAAAACAAUAGUAAUACAAGAACAGAAUAAGACUGCCAAUUUGCGAAAGGAAGUUAUUCGAAACAAGAUUCGUGCAAUUGGAAAAAUGGCUCGUGUAUUCUCUGUACUAAGAGAGGAAUCCGAAUCUGUACUUCAGCUCAAAGGUCUUACACCGACAGGCGCGUUACCUUUGGGUGCAUUAUCCGGUGGCAAAUCCUCACUUAAGAAUGCAUUACAAGGUUUCUCACCGAAUCACAAAAUUACGUCAUUUGCCGAAGCAAAGGGCUUGGAUGCAAUUAAUGAACGUAUGCCACCAAGAAAUGAUGCACCGCCCACACCGAGUGACGACAAGUCGCCAAGUACACCGACCGCUGGCGACAAAAAAGCAUCAUGAAUGAAUAAUAAUAAUAAUGAACAUAACAAUAGAAACAGCAACUGUUAAAAAAAAACAAAAAAAAAAUGUGUGAAAAAAAUUAUAAAAAAAAAUUAUUAUUAUUAUUAUUACAGAAAAUGCAGCAGCAUCAGUGAAAAAAAAAUUAAAUAUAAAAAAAAAAUUAAAAAAAACAAGAGAUUUAACAAAAAAAAAAAUAUUAUCAAAAAAAAAAUAUAACUUAAAAAAAUUUUCAUCUUCUUAUAAAUAACAUUUAAAAAAAAUAAUAAUAAUACCUCCUCAUUAAUUGAAAAAAAAAUAAUAAUUAAAAAAAAGUUCAUUUAUUCACACAUAUAAUUAAUUAAUUAAAAAUAUAUAUAUCGAGAGUUACUUUUAUUUUAGCUUAUUUUACAUGUACCUUAUAUCAUUAUUUAC